AUGCUUGGGUUUUUGUCAGCGCGACAAGCCGGUUUGGACGACCCCCUGCAUCUCCGGCGAGCGGAGUCCACACGGAGGGUUUUGGGACUGGAGUUAAACAAAGACAGAGAUGUUGAAAGGAUCCAUGGCAGUGGAGUUAAUACCCUUGACAUUGAACCUGUAGAAGGGAGAUAUAUGUUAUCAGGUGGUUCCGAUGGUGUGAUUGUACUUUAUGACCUUGAAAACUCCAGCAGACAACCUUACUACACCUGUAAAGCAGUGUGUUCCGUGGGCAGAAGUCACCCGGAUGUUCACAAAUACAGUGUGGAGACUGUGCAGUGGUAUCCUCAUGACACUGGCAUGUUCACCUCAAGCUCAUUUGAUAAAACUCUGAAAAUUUGGGAUACGAAUACAUUACAGACUGCGGAUGUGUUUCAUUUUGAGGAAACAGUUUAUAGUCAUCAUAUGUCUCCAGUUGCCACCAAGCACUGUUUAGUAGCAGUUGGUACUAGAGGGCCCAAAGUACAACUCUGUGACUUGAAGUCUGGAUCCUGUUCCCACAUUCUUCAGGGUCACAGACAAGAAAUACUGGCAGUUUCUUGGUCACCACGUUAUGAAUUUAUCUUGGCAACUGCAAGAUCAGGGAAAUCAAGGCAGAGGAGGUACAAGUUUAAUGUGAUUAAUUAUCUGAAGAGGGUGAACUAUGGGAAAAUUUGUAAUGACAGUAGAAAAGGAUUGAAAUUCACCGUCUCCUGUGGCUGCAGUUCAGAAUUUGUUUUUGUACCAUAUGGUAGCACCAUUGCUGUUUAUACAGUUUACUCAGGAGAACAGAUAACUAUGCUUAAGGGACAUUAUAAAAGUGUUGACUGCUGUGUAUUUCAGCCUAAUUUCCAGGAACUUUAUAGCGGUAGCAGAGACUGCAAUAUUCUUGCUUGGAUACCAGCCUUAUAUGAACCAGUUCCUGAUGAUAAUGAGGCUACAGCCAAAUCACAGUUAAACCCAGCAUUUGAAGAUGCCUGGAGCAGCAGUGAUGAAGAAGGAUAA